UGAAGGUUAGGAAACAACAAGGUGUUUUCAUCGUAUGAAUUAUUUAAAUAAGAGAAGUGAAAAUAGAUACUUAAACAGGAAAUUUCGUACAGUGUUCAAUAACUUAUUAUUAUGAUUAUGCAAACUUAAAAAUAGUGCAUUCAAAUAAACUUUCUAGCGGCGUAGUGUUGAAUGCUACAACUAUGUACGCGAACAACGAUUCUGACGGAUUACUUGGGGUACAAUCGCAUUCUGGUGACGAUCGUCAAAUAGCUACCGGGGUUGUGCUUGUAGUGCUGAUGAUAUUAGGACUUUUAUUGAACUCGGCUGUGUUGUUCACCUUUAAGUCGACCCCUAGAAUUCGGACGCACAUGAAUGUGUUUAUUAUGGGUUGUUUAGGGGGUGAUCUGGUCAUGGUCAUUAUAGGAUUCCCCUUCAUUAUCAUACCCUGCUUUCAAGGGCUUUGGGAUUUCGGCGAAGUCAUGUGUGCAUCGUACGGUUUCAUGAUGACUGUUUUGGCCGUUGCCAAUAUGACCAUUCUCGCGGCGAUAGCUGUCGAUCGUUUCAUCGUCAUUAUGAACUUCCGUAUUGCAAAGAAAAUAACCCGAUCCCAUUGUGUAAUUAUCUUAGUGCUAUGUUAUGUUUAUGGAUUGUGUUGGGCAACGCCCCCUCUUCUUGGGUGGGGAAACUUUGAUUUGGAGCCCAACCGGUUAACUUGUGGUCCAGAUUGGAGGAACGGAGAUUCCUCUGUGAGGUCAUAUAACUACACACUUUUUACUAUGGUUUUCUGUGUUUCUGGAACAGUUAUCUUCGUCAGCUAUGCUGGGAUAUUUUUACAGGUACGAAAGCAGAGGAUAAACAGCGUCUCCGUGCAACUUACAGCGACUCGACAGCUGGAAAUCCACGUGGCUUCGUCAGCGUUCCUUAUGAUAGUGGGAUUUUUUGCUGCUUGGUCGCCAUACGCCGUGUUAUCUCUGUGGACGAUGUUCAACGACGUUUCCAAAUUGUCCCCAACUGUGGCUAUCUUUGCACCAAUGUUAGCCAAGUCUGCGUGUGUUUGGAAUCCAUUAAUUUACGCGUUUAAGAACAACGAACUUCGGAAUGCUCUGUUCAAUAAAGUUAGACGUAGUUUUAGGCAGAAUCCGUUGCCUGGACCGGAAAACGGAGGUCGAGAACGGAGGCGAAAUGGAAAUACUCAAUCUAGACCUGCGCGUCAAAUCGAAAGUAACGUUUUAUGACUGUAACUGUUGGGUUUUACAAUCUUUAUAGCAAGCGUCGGAUAGGUAUAUAUUAUGGUCAAAGUGAGCCAUAAUGAACCAUGCAUCAAGAUGGAAGUAAACUAAGUAGCGACGGAACUUUCAAUUAUUAUGUUUGAUGGAAAAAGAUUGAUGUUGUUAUUAUAUAAAGACGAUGUUAAAGCAUUAAAGUAAAUUUCUGAUGGAAAACACAAUUCAGCUAUUAUAUUCAUAAUAUUUAUUUUUGGUUAAAGCUUUGUGUUGUACUAAAACAAAUAUAUAAAAAAAUGUUUCUGUUUAAAUACACAGUCUUAUCAGUCAUUUAGCAAUUCGACCCAUCUGUAAGUACGUGAAUUGUUUGGCAUGAAAAAUGAGAUUUAAAGCAUAUUUAAUUGUUUUAGUGAUAAAAUCGCUUUUUAUUUUCUCAUAUAAUUCUCCAUCGGGGACCAGUACGGAUGGCUUCUAGUGAUAAAUCGUUUAACCACGAACCACAUAUUAAUUCAAAGUUAUAAAAUCAAAUAUUAGCAUUAGUUUUCGAAUGUAUUAAACUUGAUUAAAAUCAAACAAUGCAUACACAAUAUCUCGUAUCCGUACAAUCAUCGAUUCGUAAUUAUCUAUGCUAAUACAUGGUCAACAUUCUUGCUCCUAGCGUUCCACUUUUCGAAUGCAUUAUUAAUCAACCAAUUAGUAUAAUUAUCAAACGUCCAAACUUCUCAAUACGUGUCUAACUUCAUUGAUCUUAAAGGUACCUUUUCACAGCUUUGGCAUGUAUUGAAGAUUGUCAUAAAAUGCUUUAUAUUGAAAACAAUGUUAACAUUAGAUCUAAAAAGCUCCAGAUAAAAAAUCAAGAAGAUAAGUAAAGAAAGAAACAAAAUAACCGUCAGUUGGCCUCGAACCGUUGACCCCUGGAGUAAAAGUCUAACGCUUAUAACACUCGGCCAUCCGUGCUUAUCAAAUAAGUGAUGUAUUUUAUACUUAUAUAAGCAAUCCUCGUAGUGUCACAAAAUAAAAAGAUAACAACAGAACUCUCCGAAUUAUCCAAUCGCUU